AUGCAGAAACACGUUCCAUGGAAUAUUUUUAAAACUUCGAGCAAGCGUCAAAAACAACAACAACAACGACGCACUCGAACCGAUAAAGAAACUGUUCGUUCGUUCCCAAUCGAUGUUAAGCGUGAUACUUUGACACCAAAAAUUCUCAACAUUGUCAACAGUCUUUUUGUAUUUGUUGUUCACAUGAUUCGAUCAUUGUGCAGUGGAAAAGACAUAAUUGCGGUGUGA